CUCCCCUUCCCCCGGCCAACUGUCCAGGGCGCACACUAGUUUGUAUAUUUAUUUAGAAAACGUCUAAAACGGCUCAAAUCGGCCGGACACCAAUCAGACCAUUACACCUCAAACCCGUUAUUUAACCGGCUCAAUAACUUAAACCGGUUUGACAACGUUGGUCCAAAUGCUACCAACACGGGCGAGUUAUCUUUUGUGGCCAAUCACAGGCCCCGCGAUCCCCCGCGCGCUCAUCUUCCCGCCUGCCACGUGUCCUCACCACCUCCACUGAUCCUUUAACAAUAAUAAUAAAAAAAUAUGCCUCUCCAUCACUCUUCAUUCUUCACUCUUUGUGCUUCUCCUUUCUCCUUCCUUCUGUCCGUCUCCACUUGUUCUGUCUUCUUCUCCUCUCCUUCUUACUCUGCCGCGAAAAUCCUGCGUGGCUCUCCGCAAGCCAUGAGAAUUAGGGUCUCCUCCAAUUGAUCGAUUCCCGGCGGGACAGGAGGCGGAUUAUGAUGGCCACUCCGACUUCUACUGCAGCUGCUGCUUCCUGUUCUUCUUCGUUCCUAUCUCCGAGUACUGUUUCCAAGCGCCGCGUUUCACUCUCCGGCCGCUGUUACGGUCUCAAUUCGCGUUCUCUUCGGAAUGUUCAGCUCAGCUACAGGUCUCUCCGGCUACGGACUCGAGUUCGAGCUGUCAAGGAAGAGAGUGCCAGCGCGGUGAUCGAGGAGAGGGAGAUUGAGCUGUUGAAGAAAUUGAAUGGAAAUGGCGCUGCUGCUGGUGGUGGCGGAGGCAAGUACGGAAGUAACGGAUCGUUUAGUAAUGGAAGUUUGGUUAUGGCGGAGAGCGAGGCGAGUGGUGGGAGUAGUAACGGUCGAUUGAUGAAGUACGUUAAUGGGAAUGGCGGUGCUUCCGCGGCGGAGACGGCGGAGGAUGGGAGGAAGAAGCGGAUUGAGGAGGUCGGGAAGGAAGAGGCGUGGUUUAAGCGCGAUGGUCAGGCGGAGGUUGAGGUUUCUGUUGCGCCUGGGGGAAGAUGGAAUAGAUUCAAAACCUAUUCCACCAUUCAAAGAACUGUGGAAAUUUGGGGAUCCGUCUUUACUUUCAUUUUCAAGGCUUGGUUGAACAGUCAGAAGUUCUCUUACAGAGGGGGGAUGACGGAGGAGAAGAAAAUGGUGAGGAGGAAGGCUUUGGCUAAGUGGCUAAAGGAUACUAUACUCAGGCUUGGCCCCACAUUCAUCAAAAUUGGCCAGCAGUUCUCCACAAGAGUGGACAUUCUUGCUCAAGAAUAUGUUGACCAAUUGUCAGAACUUCAGGAUCAAGUUCCUCCUUUCCCAUCUGAGACUGCUCUUUCUAUAGUCGAAGAAGAGCUUGGAGCACCUGUGGAGGAUAUCUUUGAGCGGUUUGAUUACGAGCCAAUAGCGGCAGCAAGUCUUGGUCAGGUUCACCGUGCGAGACUCAAAGGACAGGAAGUAGUUCUUAAAGUACAACGGCCUGGUCUCAAGGAUCUUUUCGAUAUUGAUCUCAAGAAUUUGAGGGUAAUAGCAGAAUAUCUUCAGAAGAUUGACCCAAAGUCGGAUGGAGCAAAGAGAGAUUGGGUUGCAAUUUACGAUGAGUGUGCAAGCGUACUGUAUCAGGAGAUUGAUUACACCAAGGAAGCUGCAAAUGCUGAGCUAUUUGCUAGUAAUUUCAAGAACAUGGAUUACGUAAAAGUGCCAAAUAUUUAUUGGGAAUACACCACACCUCAGGUACUAACAAUGGAGUAUGUCCCUGGGAUUAAAAUAAAUAAAGUACAGGCUUUAGAUAAGCUUGGUCUUGAUCGCCAAAGGUUGGGCAGGUAUGCUGUUGAAUCUUACUUGGAACAAAUUCUUUCUCAUGGAUUUUUCCACGCUGAUCCUCACCCAGGGAAUAUUGCUGUGGAUGAUGUCAAUGGUGGAAGAUUGAUCUUUUAUGAUUUCGGAAUGAUGGGAAGUAUCAGUCCAAACAUCAGAGAAGGGUUGCUGGAAGUGUUUUAUGGAGUUUAUGAAAAGGAUGCAGAAAAGAUUCUUGAUGCAAUGGUCCAAAUGGGUGUCCUUGUGCCUACUGGAGAUAUGACAGCUGUCAGAAGAACUGCACAAUUUUUCCUUAAAAGUUUCCAAGAACGUCUUGAUGCACAAAGACGGGAGAGGGAAAUGGCGGCAGCAGAGCUUGGGUUUAAGAAGCCUUUAACCAAGGAAGAAAAAUUGGCGAAAAAGAAGGAGCGCUUGGCAGCAAUAGGGGAAGAUUUAUUAUCCAUUGCUGGAGAUCAACCUUUCCGAUUCCCUGCCACUUUCACUUUUGUUGUAAGAGCAUUUUCAGUAUUGGAUGGCAUUGGAAAAGGCCUUGACCCUCGUUUCGACAUAACAGAAAUUGCCAAGCCGUAUGCACUAGAGCUGUUGAAGUUCCGGGAAGCAGGGGUUGAAGUAGUCGUGAAGGACCUCAGAAACAGAUGGGAUAGGCAGUCCCGUGCAUUCUACAACUUGUUUAGGCAGGCUGAUAGAGUUGAAAAGCUUGCGGAAACUCUUCAACGAUUGGAGCAAGGUGAUUUGAAGCUUCGAGUUCGAACACUGGAGGCUGAGAGGGCUUUCCAGCGCGUUGGUGCUGUUCAAACUACAGUGGGAAGUGCUGUAGCUGCGGGAAGUCUGGUUAACCUUGCAACAAUUUUGUAUCUCAAUGCUAUGAGAGUACCAGCUACGAUGGCAUAUGCUGUAUGUGCCUUUUUUAGCUUAAAAGUUCUGGUAGGAAUUGUAAAGGUGAAGAAGUUAGACCAACGAGAAAGAUUAAUAACAGGCACUGCUUAAAUAGGUAAGCUAGCAGUGGUCCACUCACAAUUCGCAGGGAACUGCUUAAAUAGUUGAGACCUUUGCGUGUAUAUGAAUUCGUUUCAUUUCCUAUCCCUCACCGUGUUUUGCAGAUGUUCGAAUGUUGGAAGGAUGGCCAAUUUCUGAUCGUGACCAUUCAGUGCAGUGGGGUGGAGCUCCCCACCAUUUUUAAGACAUGAUCUGCGGGACACUCCCCCCUGUGUAAGUCUACUCACUCCCCCAGUACUGAAGCAACCCUCCUCUUCUGUCUUCUUCCCUCCCACGAUGAGGAGCACGUCAGCACUAGACGAUCAUCGUCCUGUCAAAUAUUUCGAAAUCUUGCUGGGGUCGAUCAUUUUUGUAGCCUCAAGAGGCCAGUCCUCUGGUAGAAGGGUCUAAGCAGAAGGGUUAGGCUGUUGAGCCUGUUACGAGGGGGGAAUAAUCGGAAUGUUCAUAA